AUGGUCGAACUGCGAAAGGUGCUCGGGGAAAUGUCCCUCGCCAACGAGCAGCUUCGGGCCAUGGUGAAAGAGCUGCAGCAAGAGCUGGUGAUGCUGCGACAGCGUACCGUGGCCAACGAAGAUAUGGCCCGGGAGGAGCGGAAGCUGGCCCGCGAAGAAUUUAAGCUGGCGCAAGAGAAAUUCCACCAGGAGCUGCAGUGGAAUAAGGACCAGGCCCGCCAGUGGUAUGAAGAGACGCAGCGUCUCAGAGGCGAGCUGGCAAAGGAGACUGCGUGCCACCAGGAGUUGCUGGCACAGAUGCUUGGUUGCGGCGAGGAAAGGCCGGGGCGAUCCCUUUCGGCGGUAGAGCCGAAGGUCAUUCUCACCAGAGCCUCGGCGUUGGCCUCAAAGUCGGUGAACCCGGACAUGGUCGAACUGCGAAAGGUGCUCGGGGAAAUGUCCCUCGCCAACGAGCAGCUUCGGGCCAUGGUGAAAGAGCUGCAGCAAGAGCUGGUGAUGCUGCGACAGCGUACCGUGGCCAACGAAGAUAUGGCCCGGGAGGAGCGGAAGCUGGCCCGCGAAGAAUUUAAGCUGGCGCAAGAGAAAUUCCACCAGGAGCUGCAGUGGAAUAAGGACCAGGCCCGCCAGUGGUAUGAAGAGACGCAGCGUCUCAGAGGCGAGCUGGCAAAGGAGACUGCGUGCCACCAGGAGUUGCUGGCACAGAUGCUUGGUUGCGGCGGUAACCAAGCUCUGCAACCGCAGCAGCAGGCGACAUCGCAGAGCUCCCUGCAGCAACCGCAACAGCAGCAACAACAACAGCAGCAGCAGCGGAUGACGUAUGCUAACGUGGCGGCCGAGACAUCCGGCACGCAGGCUUCCCAGGGCGGUUCUUGGACGGUGGUGGGGCCUCGUAAAGCACCGCAGAAGUCGCAGCAGCAACAACAACAGCAGCAGCUGGCCAAGCCGCGACCACAAUCUGCGGCGGCGAAGCAUUCGCGACUGGACUUUGGUGAUAAAUCGUUGAUAAGAGUACGUUUUAAGUGA